AGGACUUGUCAUGUCUCCCUUCCUGCGUAUUGGUUUAUCCAACUAUGACAGUGGCCCUUACCUGCCUUCCCAGGGGGAGGUGAUUAACCCUUACUGUGCUGUGAUGGUCAAAGAAGCUGUGGAGUCAGAGAAUGGCCAAGUGUACGUGCAGAAGAAGCCCACGAUGUACCCACCCUGGAACAGCACUUUUGAUGCUCAUAUCAACAACGGGAGGGUCAUGCACAUCGUCGUCAAGGACAAAAGUGCCGAAAUGGUUUCAGAGACCACAGUGGAACUCAAAGUGCUGGCAGAGAGGUGCAAAAAGAGCAAUGGGAAGACUGAGAUAUGGCUAGAACUGAAACCUCAAGGGCGAAUGCUGAUGAAUGCAAGAUAUUUCCUGGAAAUAAGUGAUGCAAAGGGCUUGGCUGACUGUGAGACUGAAGGUUUCUUCUCCCUGCACCAGCGCAGGGGAGCCAUCAAACAGGCCAAAAUCCACAAUGUCAAGUGUCAUGAGUUCACAGCCACCUUCUUUCCACAGCCCACCUUCUGCUCUGUCUGUCAUGAGUUUGUAUGGGGUCUGAAUAAACAAGGCUACCAAUGCAGACAAUGCAAUGCUGCCAUUCAUAAGAAGUGCAUUGAUAAAGUAAUAGCCAAGUGUACAGGAUCAGCAGUCAAUAGCAGAGAAACAAUG